AUGGGUGUUGUCAGUCAAGAACCUAUUCUCUUUGGUACAAGCAUCUAUGAAAAUAUUCGUUUUGGUAAAGAAAAUGCAACAAUAGCCGAAAUUAAUGAAGCAGCACGCCAAGCCACUGCACACGAUUUCAUAAUGCAAUUACCGAAUAAAUAUGACACAAUUGUCGGUGAACGUGGUGUUCAGUUGAGUGGUGGUGAAAAGCAACGUAUCGCUUUAGCUCGUGCUCUUGUGAAACAGCCUGCCUUGCUUUUGUUGGACGAAGCAACAAGUGCUCUUGAUAAUACCAAUGAAAAUAUUGUCCAAGAAGCACUCGAUCAAGCAUGCAAAGGUCGGACAACUAUUGUGAUCGCUCAUCGUUUAUCAGCAGUUCAAAAUGCACAUCAAAUUUAUGUUUUGGAUAAUGGAUGUGUUAUCGAACAAGGUACACACGAGGCACUGAUGUCACAAGAAGGAAGUCGAUAUUGCGAGAUGAUGAGAGCUCAACAGAACGAAAACACAGAAAAUGAUAUCGAUGGAAAAACGAACACUGCACCAAUCGAAGAUUACGAUCAAAAACAAAUAUCUGAACAUUCUCUGCGUCCUAGCUAUAGUGAAUUUGACGACGAAAAUAAAUACACCGCAUUUGCUUUGUCUGGCUCGAAAUUAACUGAACGUAUGUGCAUUAAAGCUUUUGCGCACUAUUUACGCCAAGAAAUGGCUUUCUUUGAUCGUCCUGAAAAUAGUUCUGGAGCUAUCUGUCAUCGUCUUUCAUCCGAUGCAUUGGCUGUUCAGCAAAUGGUUGGCAGUUAUCUAGGCAUCGUUUGUGAAUCAGUCGCGACAUUUGGAGUUGGUAUUGUUAUCGCGUUUUUGUUCAGCUGGCAGUUGGCAUUAAUCCUACUCUUUUAUAUUAUCAUUUUGUUUUUUGUUGCUUUCAUGCAAAUACGUUGGAAAGCACAAUUGAAUAAACGCCUUGAUUGUGUUCUUGGAUUAGCAAGUUCGUUCUCUGUCGAAAUCAUUUACAAUAUGCGUACGGUGAAACAAUUGGCAAGUGAGACAGAAUUUCUGCGUCAAUUUUCUGAUCUAGUUCUUGAGGAGUUCAAAAUUCAUCGAAAUGAUCUAGUAAUAUCCCCUCUAUUACAAAGUCUCUAUUGGGGAACGAGACCAUUGAUCGAGUUGGUUAUCUUUUGGCAGGCUUUCAUACUUGUUGAACGCAAAGAAUUGAACAUGAAUAACCUGAAUAAGGUGUUUGCCUAUUACAUUUUUGCCUUGGAAUCCGUACGAUGCAUCACGACUUUAACGCGACAGAUGAGUGACUCAUUGUCAGCAGCUCAAAGUUUCUUCAAUUUGUUCGAUCGAACAUCAGCUAUUGAUAAUAGUUCCAUUGAUGGUCAACAAUUGAGUGAUUUUCAAGGCGCAGUCGAAUUUAGUGAAGUCAAAUUUGCAUAUCCAUCUCGACCGACAUCCUGCAUCCUGAAUAAAUUUCAAUUGAUCAUCAAAUCUGGCCAGCGUGUGGCUCUUGUAGGUGCAUCUGGUUGUGGCAAAUCAACAGUCAUUCAGCUUUUAGAACGAUUCUACGAUCCCAUACAGGGUCGAAUCGGUUAUGAGACUAGAGUCGGUAUGAAAGGUAGCCACUUGUCAGGUGGUGAGAAACAACGUAUUGCUAUUGCUCGAGCUCUUCUUCAUCGGCCAAAAGUAUUGCUGCUAGACGAAGCAACAAGUGCUAUGGACUCGUACAAUGAACAGAUCGUGCAAAAAGCUCUUGAAAGAGCUCAAACAGACGAUCCAACUCGAACUUCCCUGAUCAUUGCUCAUCGUCUGUCGACCAUUCGUUCGUGUGAUUUGAUCUGCGUGCUUGAGAAAGGACAUCUGGUAGAAAGUGGUACUCACAUAGACUUAAUGAAACAAAGAGGAGUCUACUAUCAUAUGAUUCUUCGCAGCAAUACUUCAUAAAAUAAUCUUCGUCGUUAUUUUAACGAAACUGAAUAACAAUUGAAAUAAACUCUUCUACUUUUCUUUUCUGCGUUAAUUUUUGAAACAAGUUUUUUUUUACUAAUCUUCUUCUCUUAGCGAUUCAAAAGACAUAUUGACAAAUUUAAGAAACUUUUCUAAUUGAACUCAUUAUCAAGGUGAUUGAUAAGGCAGAGAACAAAUCCCUCUCUUUCGCUUCUAACGAUGGACUUUAUGCCAAACCUACAGUUUUGAUUCAAACAGAAAAACAAAUCAAUAAGAAUAACAAAGAAGAGAAAAAAAUCGAUGUGAAGCUACCACAACACAAUCGUGGUGGCGAUUUGAUUGAACGCCGUGUGCCAACUAAUAAAUGAGCUCAAUAAAGGGCGCACGUUCACGAG